ACCUGAAGCGAGUCCUCCGACACUUGAGGCGAGUGUCAAUGAGAUGCUCAUUGAUCUUACCUAGUUAUGUUCACAAUUCUGCUUAUGUUUGUUCUCUUGGGUGUUUUGUCAUCCUCCUAUAUGGGCAGUGGAUGUCUACAUUUCCAUCGAUGGCACCAGCUAGCCUGGAUUCAUAGCUCUUUUUAAGUACAGUCUUGGCGCCCUAAGAUGAUCUCUAAGCCUCUUCGAGGAGUUGCUAUGGCGCCCUAAGAACUUAUGGAAAGAAAGAAACCGCAGACUUUUUCAAAGCCAAAGCAUGCAACCGUUCCAGAUCUCAUCGUUGGCGAAGGAAGAGGAUAUCAAAACUGGGAGUGUCCACGGUGCUGGACGAUCCUGUGUAGUGUGCUUCAUGGCAGGUAUCAGUCAUAUCCUUUGUAUCUCUCUUUUCUUUGAUCUCCUAGAUGUCGCUCUUGGCCGAGCUUCUCUCGGCAUUUCUUGUAACUGAACCUGCAAUACUUUCUUUUUUUUCUACUUCAAUGAAUGGCAGAGCUCGGCCAAGCUCCUGCCCCUAUUUCGGAAAAAAAUGGCGCCAGUGGGGGAAUUCAAAUAGUACAUUUGUAUUAAUAGUUUGUGUUCUACUUUCUGAUGGCAUGAUUAACUUACUCAUUGCACGUCUGCAAACCGAUGGAAAGGUCAUCAUUCUGUUCACAGGCCGUCAAGCACGCGCACGGGACAAACGAAAACACACGAUCGAGCCUCAACGCGUGCCUGCCUCCCUAGCUUUACCCAUAGGUAACACAAAACAAUGCACCUCGCGCUAUGCGAACACGCUGGAUUAGCGCAACUAAUGCAUACAGGCCAAUGGAAAACAUGAAUAGUGCAAUCCCUUGUAUAAAAAUUAAGCGAGAUUUUGAGGUCGGACAUGCGAGAAAUGUCUUUUUGUUCAUGCGACUCCACUGUCAUCAGAGAUCAGACCAUGAGUGGUCCUGCAGAGCAGUGACCAUGGGCGUCGUCAGGCUGAGUGGUUGCUCUGCAGGAUUGAAAAUAUUCUACCCUUGUCGGAUGAAAUUCCCCGACAACCAUCAGCACGGGCUGCAUGCUUGCUUGGCUGUCGGAACGCACGGCAGGGGCGACACCCCCUGCGCUCAUCGAUCGAUUAGACUGAACCUUUUAGCGCCCGAACAACUAGCAAGCACAGUGGCACACUAGCGGCCUAGCAGCUAUACAUAUAGCUCCACCGCAAAGCCGGGCAGAGGCGAAAGAAAGCGCUAGAAAGGAGACGCAGAGCGAGCUCGCAGAUGACAGAGGAGAAAAAGGCCACCCGGAGGGAGGAGGAGCUCGUGGAGGCCGCGCUGGCCGCGGCGGCGGCGGCGCUGCUCGUGUCGGGCGUCAAGAAGCUGGUGGCGCCGGCCGUGCUCGUGGCCCCGUGGUGGCCCGCGUCGCUGUCGAUGCCGUCGCCCGCGUUGUUCCUACUCCUCAACGUCGUCAUCGCGUCCAUCGUCGUGGCGUCCAUGCAGCCGAGGCGAGCGGCGUCGGCGGGCGCGGUCCUCCGGGACGCGCCGGGCGACGGUGCGAAGAGGCUGAGGAGGAGGAGGAGCAAGAAGCGGGAGGGCGCGCAGCCGGCGGCCGAGGCCGUUGCGGAUGGCUGCUGCAUGGCGCUGGUGGCUACGGGCGGGCCGGUAGAGACGGCGACGGUGGUGGUGAAGGAGGUGGAGGCUGAGGAAGAAGAGGCCGGCAACGCAGAAGAGGUGAACAAGCGGGCUGAGGAGUUCAUCUCGGCGUUCCGGCACCACCUCAGGGUCGACUCCUUCUCGUCCGGAACUAGCCGGCGAGGCAGAGCUAGGAUUGCACCUUGCCCUUGACCGGAGUUGCACGCAUUCGUAUUGCAACCAUGCAUGUUUUGUUUUUGGUUUUCAACAUUUUAUUUAUUUUACUUUCUUGUCCUUGUCUUUCUCAUCAAAGUUGUAGUUACUCCAUUAGUUUGAUGGACUUGUUUUUUCUCA